AGCGGAUUGGCCCGGCGAGCUGUCGCUCAGGCGCUCAGGGCCGGCGGCCUCGGCAGGGCAACGUCGCGGGCAGAGCGGGAGGCGGCCGAGCGGCGGCGGCGGCGGAGGAGGAGGAGCCGGAGCCUCUGACGCAGCCAGACGCCGGGAGCAAAGGGCGAAUCCUGGCCCUUCCAGACGACUCAGAGGACAGUUCCAGAUGGCCUGGCAGGCAGGAAGGCAACCUCUGCGGUGCCCUCGGAGUCCGAAGGAGGGGCUUCCCUGACAGAUAGACUGCCUCUGCCUGAGCAGGUUCCUCAUCUCCACCUGGUGAAGAUCUGUGGCCCUGAUGCAGCUGCACCCACGGAGGCCCAGGAAGGAGAUGGCGCUGGUGGAGCCCCCUCGCUGGCAGACGAUGUCGGCCUCUAACAACAUCGCCCAGGCCAGGAAGCUGGUGGAGCAGCUGCGGAUCGAGGCCGGGAUGGAGCGGAUCAAGGUCUCCAAAGCCUCCCUGGAGCUGCUGAACUACUGCGAGCAGCAGGCCAGGAACGACCCCUUGCUGGUUGGCGUCCCCACCUCGGAGAACCCCUUCAAGGACAAGAAACCCUGCACCCUCCUAUAGCGCCCCCCCCCGGGCCAGGCACCCCCAGCCCUGAUCUCCAGCCAGGUCAAGGAAGGGGGAGCAGGCCUCACCCUGCCCUCUCGUCUGGUCAGCAGAUGGCCAAAUUAUUGGUGGAGGGGGGGAAGAAGGACACAAGGCCGGGCUUGAGGGGUCGUCCUGGCAGGGACCCCAUAGGAAGCUGGUCUGUCCAGUGCUGAGGAUGCCCCCCAGGUGGAGACCUGGACGGGGUCAGGCAGGCAAAGUCCACUGGCAGCUGCCCGUCCCACCCUGUUGGGGAGGGGGCUUCCCAAGCAGAAAUGCCUUCUCUUUCUCAGGCCCUCGUCUUCUCCUUUGGGGUGCUCUCCGUCAUACCCGUCUCUCAAGCACCACCUCCCCAGUGCCCCCCUCCACUUGGGCUCCCCAGGGACAUUUGCAGGCAGACCCUCCUCCAGGCCAGGAGGGGGGAGGGGUUCUUUCUGGAGGGCCAGUGACCCAAAGGCCACAUUCCUCUGUCCCAAGCAGCCAUUUUGCUCAAGAAAGCCACUUGAGGGGCAGGGACCCCCGAGUGCCCCAGGCCCUACUCGUGCCAAAGCCAAAGAGGGGGGGAGGGCUGUGCCCUGGCUCUCCCCAAGAGAGGAACCCAUGGCACAAAAGCAGAAACACGAGGACGGAGUCCCCUGGGGAGUCUUGGGGAUGCCAGCAGCCUGGAUGUGGGAAUAGGUGGUGGGGCGGGGGGGGGGGCUGUGCCAGCUUCUUUAGUGGAGAAUCUGCUGUCCAGAAGGAGCUCCUCCCUCCCAGGAGUGAGAACUACUCUUCUCCAGAUUGGAAGACAGGCUCAGGUCUUGCUUCUGAGGCUGGGGGUAGGAUGGGAUUGGCAGCCCCCCCCCCCGCCAGGCCAGGGCUGCCAGCAGUUUGGUGCUCUUUUUCCCUCGCCCGGAAGUGGUCGGGGCGGCUCCAGGGACCCCCAGCCAGCAGGGCCUCCAUCGGCUCCCAGAAGCCCCCCUGCUCUCCUGGAAGGCUCAGCCAUUGGACCUCUGGUGCCAAAGUUACCCCCCCCCGUGGUGCCAAAGCAGCCCCUGGCAGUCACUGCAAAAGGAUGUGGGGCAUCUGCUCUCGGAUGGUAAAGCUGAGAACAUUUGGCCUUAAAGUGUCGCUUAUACCUAAAGUGUUUUUAAAAUUAUACAUAAAAGUUUGCUACACAAGAUUUUAAAAAGGACAGCACACACAGAAAGCCGUGCAAAACUCUAGGCAACAGCAACAACAAAGAGUGUGAAAUUUUGUGUGACUUGUUUGUCUUAUGCUUAAAUCCAGCACAGGGCAGUUUCCCUCCCCCCCAACACACAUAUACACACACGCGUGCGCCGGGGGUAUUCCUCUUGUGCCAAACUUGAGCAGUUUGUUUUUUAAUUCACCAAAGUGACAAGUGCAUUGAUUUAGUUUUUCCAAAAAAGGCUGCUGAGCCUCGUUCUUGUUUGCCAAACUCUCUUCCUGUUGCCAAAAAGGGGGGUGUCUAUAAAAGGGGGGAGGGAGAGGCCCGGCCUGAGUGGGCGUGGCUAAUUUCCCUUUUGUAAAAUCGGUCUCUCUCCCGUGUGCCCCGGACUGACUUCCUUGCUAGUACUGAACGUGCUGUGGGGUUCCUGUUUUAAAAAAGUGAAGCGAUCACACAAAGAAUAAAACCUCACUUUUGCUGGAAA